AUGGGGGGUCAAUCUGAUCCGUCCCAUGCAAAACCUCUUACGUAUUCUGAGAAACUUGUUGGGAAGAAAACGCUACCAACAACCUCUUAUGACCUAAGCUCGCUUCCAAACCCUACUGUUAAAGAGGGUAAGCCAUCGGUGAUAAUUCCUGAAGAUUUUUAUAAAGAGGGUUGUGAAAUAUGGAAGUUUAGUCUCAUUGGGGGACUAGAUUUUAACGAUCUUAAUUUCAUUGAUGUGAAGAAAACCUUUGAAUCUCAAUGGCAUCUUGGUGAUGGGCGUGUCCACUUCAUUCCUAUGGUUCGUGGAUUUUUUAUUAUCAAAUUGAAAUCGCAGGAAGAUAAGGAUAAGUUGUUUGAUGCUGAAGCAUGGAUUGUUGAACAUCAAAAGCUUAGUCUUUUGGAAUGGUACCCUAGUUUUGAUCCUCAAAGACAAAAAACAUCCCAUGCUUCCGUGUGGGUUAAGUUUCCAGGCUUGCCAAUGGAGUUUUGGUUGGAGAAGACGCUGUUAUCUAUGGCAAAAUCUUUGGGGACUCCUAUUGUGGUGGAUAAGCUCGGAGGUUUAAAUUUUUGGCAGCCAAUUGAUAUUUGUAAGAAACCAAAAUUCUGUACUCAUUGUAAAAUCAUUGGGCAUAAUGAUGGAGAAUGCAGAAAGAAGCAAAAUAACGUGAGCAAACAACAAGGGAAUGCUCGGCAGAACAUUGUUGAAAAGAAUGCGAGUGGUUUAAUUAUUUCGGAAUGGAAGCCAAAGAAGAAUGGUACUAACAGUACUAUACAACAUGGGGAUUCUCAAGGUUCAGUUGGGGAUAACGAGCAGGUUCAGAGUGCAGCUCAUUGUCUGAACACGCAAGUAAAUGGGACUACUGUUGGGGGCAGUAAUGUUCCUAAUAGUAACACUGAAUGGCAGGAAGCUGAGCAUAAGAAAAAAGGAAAGAAAGCUCCAUUAAUUGAUGAAGACUAUACACUAGCAGAUGACGCUCAACACAAUGGUAAGCAGCAAUUUGAAUUCAGUUCGGAAAACCUUGAACUUCUUGCACAGCUCAAAGCUCAAGUGGAACAAGGUGUUGAAUUAAGUGCUGAAGAGCGUAUUGUUUUGGAGCUUGGAAAAAAAAUGGAAGAAGAUUUAGCUAAUUUAAAGAAGAUUCGUGAGGAUUUGAAAAGAACUACACAGGCGAAAGUUAAUGCUAGAGGAGUUUUAUCUCCGAACAAAUUUAGUGUGUUACAGUCCAAGGAAAACACGGAAAUCCAAACGCACUUAUACUUUGGACGUGAAGAAUUUGAAACCAACAAGGACUCUUUUUGCUCGGAUUCAAAGUCGGGCUUGCAUACCCAGACCAAGUUUUUAGAAGUUAUUUAUUUUACCCUUUUGGUUUUUGGGGGUAGGGGGCCUUGUGUCCUCUGCUUGUAA